ACAUUGAAAAUGACAGCGUAUUUCUAACUCCGUUACAUUAGCAUACUACAGUCACGUGGCGUUAAGAUGCACACACGCCUUAUUUGGUUUGCUUAUUUAAGCCAACGUUAUGAUUAACCAACUAACGCAUGUUUACCAUAUUUGAAGGGGAGUGUUACUAUUUUGUGACAAGCCAAUCUAAAUAAUAUUCCCGUUUAAUCCUGCACUCGCCAACUUUGUUAGAUGCUGUCGCUGAAAGCAAAAAAAACAAAACCUUACCAGAUAGGUGUCUUUCUGUACAACGCCGACAAUGUGUGUACAACCUUCUUCACAACAAACUAUUAAUUCAGCGUGUUCAAGCCACGAGGAAGUGAAUCAAAGGCAAGACGAACCAUUAGCCCCUCCACGCGGUCCGGAUGACUAAAUCGUUUCUAGAAAUACAAAUAAAUGAUAACAUGAACAACACGGUUUAGUUGUCUUUUUCUGAAUAGGAACAUGUAGUAUAUGUGCGAGUAUUUAACAACUAGAUAUGUUUUUGAAGAAGCAACAGAGAGGCAUAAUUACUCUUGUGGCGCAAUCGAUCAUAUCGACUGGCCGCGUGGCCUAAUGGAUAAGGUGUCUGACUUCGGAUCAGAAGAUUGCAGGUUCGAGUCCUGUCGCGGUCGCUUUUUUACAACAUUGCGUUUUAUUUUGGUAUUUGAAAAUAUUUUAGCCAUAAUGUCGAGGCGGUCACGUCGUCGCCUGUAAGUGGCAUUGUCAUCAUUACGGGAGUCCUCUUGACCGUAAAAUAAUUUGAGCCCGAGCUUCUUGACACGACGGAGCAUUUAAUGACCGCGGAGGGAGGCUGGGUGUCGGUCUCAAUUCACUGCAACACCUGGUUUAUUCCAUCCCUGCAAUACAGCUAACGCUACGCCUUUCCCCGAAAACAGGUCCUCGCGUUGCUUUUCACGUCUGCGAUGAUGACACCGAUGGGCAUCACCGUGACUAUGGCGGACGACACGGAGGAUGUUCAGCUGGACUUUGCUGCCGACGAGCAGGAGAGUGCGCGGAGAAGCGCGGUCAUAAGACACCCACUCGUCUCCUUUUUUCACCUGUUCUUCCGGGUGGUCACCAUUGUUGUCUACUUACUCUGUGACUGGAUCAGCGAGAGCUUUUCCUCAUGUUUUGUGCUGAUCCUCACUCUGCUCUCUUUCGAUUUCUGGUCUGUCAAGGCCUCAUUGGGCAAGGACAUCGGGACAGAGGCAGAGGCGAGGAUUUUUUGGCUGGGUCUCAUCAUCUGCCCUCUCAUAUGGACAUUGUUCUUCUUCAUCUCCCUUUUCUCCCUGAAGAUUAAAUGGCUGUCCCUUGUGGUUGUGAGUAUUUCCCUCCAAGUGGCUAAUCUCUAUGGUUCAAGCUGCAAAGCAGUAGGAGAGGACGGCCAGCCGGCAGACAUCCGCUCCUUCUCAGGGCAGCACCUCCUGCAGCGUCCAGACAUCAUCUUUGGAAUACUAUGAAGAUGACCUCCUCCUUUACAGCCACUAGGCUGCUGUGUGUGUGAGUGUGAAAGAGAGCGAGAGCGAGAAAUAAAAAAGCAGAACGAUGAGAGCUGCCUCAUCUCCAAAGUUCCCACAAACUGCAUUUACUUAAAUGGCUGCAUGCCUGGUGCAUAUAGCACAUGCUGCUGACUUCACUUUACAUGUUGCCCAUGAAUCAGUCUGCCUACAAUGUCAAUAAAGAAAUUUGUAUUUGUUCCUACUGUCA